AUGUUGUUGGGAACCCUGAAGAAAGUCCUUGUUGCUGCGGAUUGGGAGUGGGUACCGUGCCAAUUUGCUUCUCAUGAGGUGCUUGGCGAUCUCCAACCAAAGUCUGAAACUGCUGCACCAGCCAAAGCUGUGAUGAAUGCCAUCCGGUGUUUCCUUUUUGAAAUUUCACUGGCCGCCAUUGCAAAACCAUCAGGUACCCACGUGGUCCUCAAAUACAAUGGGAUUCUGUUUUGGGGAGGUUUGCUUGAAGAAUCACUUGCCCUUCAUGACCUGGGCGCUGUUGUUCACACAGUCCUUGCCUGCAUUGAGGCCUGCAUUGAGGAGAAGACGCCACGCUGGAUAAAGGGUGCUCGAAGGAUCUACCUUGAAGGCUUAGAUGAUGUCACAACCAGCUGGAUCCGAUCCAUUGGAACCAAUAAACACUUUGGCAUUCUCAAGCAACCGGGUUCUGAGAAGAGAUGGAAUGCCUUGACUGAAGCCGCAAAGCUCCAUGUUAUCCAGAUUGAGCCAGAUGAACCUGUCCGACUGAAAGCUGCACAGGAGAUCCAGAAUGCCAUUCCGAAGCGUGCCCCUUUGAACCCUUCUGCCACGGGGUAUCAACUGGUGCCAGGGUUCUUCAUUGACGAAGGAAAGAAUGUGGCAAAGAUUUUGGGGACUGUGAAUCUUCAAAGCUCCGGUGUUUGCCUGGUGGAGUGGGACAUUGCAUUGCCGUGGCUCCAGAAAGCAGAGCGACUUGUCGAUUCAACCCUUACCGAGAAAGGAGCAUUCCUUCUGGGUCAGAUUGCCUCAGCCUCAGCUGAGAAGAUGAAAGAAGCUGAAAUGGCAGCCACGUGGAGUGGAGAUUCUUUGUCUUAUGAUGACCUUGUGAGAUUUCACAUCCAAUCCGUGGAGGGAGAUAAAUCAAUAUCUUUCUCCUCUCGGUACUUUGGACCCAAGCGCAACGAUAUCAAGCACGACCCCGAGAAAGUUUCUGAUCUCAUCAAGAUUUGUAAGAUCAGGCUGCUCCUUCGGUACGUCUUUGCGCGACACCUCGCAGAAGCCAGACCCGGCGACUUCGCUGCUUACGGUCUUAUGGACAAGGAAGACAUUGAUGCCUACAAAACCCUGAAGCCUGUCAAUGGUGCGGCCGUCGGGGUCGGCCAUGAUGAUGAGUCCUUGAAGUCUACCUUCAAGGAUAUGGAGCCCCUCCUGGAAACUUCACCCGAUGGCAAG